AUGCGACCCAAGUCAGUGAAACCAUCAGCAUAUCCUCCAGUGCCGUUCCAUAUCAUUCGGGGUCUGAACCUACUGUCCGCACUCGUUGUCGCAAGCAUCCUGGCCGUCUUCAUCUCCAAUCUCUCCAAAGACCACUACAAACUUCCUUGGGCCUUCUUAGUGCUCCUUAUCUCGUCGCUUCUCUCUCUGAUUAAUUUCGUCCUAACCACCAUCACCCAUUGUUGCUAUGGCCUUUCCCCAUUACUGUCAGCGACCACCCACUCCAUCCUCCUGCUACUCUGGCUCAUCUCCCUCGGGCUCAUGAGCUGGAGUAUGUCGCACACCAUCUUGACAACCUGCAACGCCACCUACUGGGGCACAUCGACGGGGAUCAACGUCUGUCGUCUCUACAAAGCUCUGUUCAGUUUCACGGUACUCAGCGUGGCAUCCCACUUAUUCGGGUUGACUCUUGAUGUCAUCGUCCGCAGACGUCAAACCAGAUUGGGCACGUACGAUCCCAUGGCCAGCAGCACGCACCUGAACAACUACAAGAUGCACGACCGUAGUAGCAGCGUCAUGUCCGGCAGCGUGGGUCCCUACGGUCCAUACGUCCCUGAAGAAGACCAACAUCCACUCUUCCGUCGCCACCAGCACCAGCCGUCGGAGGACGAGUAUUAUAAUAACAUCCCGGAUCCGACUAUGUCGAAUACGAACACGAAUACCCAGAGGAUGCCCCCGCCCGUGUACGGGGCUAACUCCUCCCUGGAGCAUUAUCAUGUCGAUGAUGCACAGGAGUAUUCCGAUACCGCUCCGGCCCUUAGCCAGCGUCGGACUCCUCGUGUACGAUUUAGUGGGUAUGGUGGUUACAAUCAUCCCGCGGAGCAAACGGACUAUGACCCUGCGGCGUAUAGCUUGUAA